CAAAAUGUUUGCCAAUGCGAUGGCUUUGGCACCUAUAUUUUAAACCCCUAAUUCCUAAACCCUAACACCUCCAUAUCUUCUUCAUCCUCUCGCUUCCACAGCAAACAAGCAUUGUCUCAGAGAAGUAAAAACCUGAAACCAUGAAGGAACAUAAUACUGCAAAAGUCCCGGUGUGGGAUUUGCCUGAUGUCCCAAAGGGAACUUUGCCCUCGCACCUCCAACUUCAGAGGACUCGUGUUCACUGUAAUUUCGAUGCGCCUACACAUACGGAGAGUAUUGCAUACUCGGGUGCCUUUACCGCAAUGGGAGUGGAUAACAGUUUGAGACUGGAGGAAUUUCGCAAUAAAUUCAGGGUGGAAGUAGUUAGACUCACAGAAGAUGACAUGGAAUUUGAUAUGAUUGGAAUUGAUGCUGCUAUUGCCAAUGCUUUCCGAAGAAUUCUCAUAGCUGAGCUUCCGACUAUGGCUAUUGAAAAGGUUCUCGUUGCAAAUAACACCUCUGUGAUUCAAGAUGAGGUGCUUGCCCAUAGACUGGGUCUUAUUCCACUUAAAGUCGAUCCAAGGCUCUUCAAUUAUAAGUCAGAAACUGAUGAACCGAAUGAGAAGAAUACCAUUGUCUUUAAACUUCAUGUACGUUGUGAAAAAAAGAGCCCACGUAUUAAAGUGACGACUAAUGACCUGGAGUGGCUACCAAAUGGCAGUGAGUUCGUAUUAAGUACACAGAACCCAACUCCAGAUUCAAAUACAAAGACACAAACCUAUACUUCAUUCAAUUGUAGCCAGGUGUCCUUUCCAGAAUUUGUGAACAACCCAAUUGGCCCCAAAGAUAAAGAUAUACUUAUAGCUAAGCUUGGAGCUGGACAGGUUGUCCUAUUGCAAGAAAUUGAAGAUGAAAUGGCUGAAGAACUCGUGAGGAAAUGUCCUGUUGGAGUUUUUGAUAUUGAAGAUGUUGGUCAGAGAAAAGCAACUGUAGCAAGACCUCGAUCGUGUACUCUAUGUCGUGAAUGCAUAAGAGGAGAUGGUUGGGAUAAGCUUGUGGCACUCAGGCGCGUGAAAGAUCAUUUCAUUUUUACAAUUGAAUCUACGGGUGCAUUACCUCCUGAAGUACUAUUCACUGAAGCCGUGAAGAUUUUGGAAGAUAAGUGUGAACGUGUGAUGACUCAGCUUUCUUGAGUUUCUCCCAAGGAGGAAAUUUGUGAAGCAAGGGCAUUGCUUGCUUUGUUAUGUUGCAUAAUAGUUAUUUUGUCCUUGAAGAAUUCAGAAAAUUGAUGUCUUGUUAUCGUGUAUUUUGCCGUGAAACUCCUCUCUGUGUGCUGAAAUUACAGCCAUAUUUAAAGUCCUCGACAGGAAUUUUGACAAGGGGUUUCUUAUCAAAAGAGACGCGACGUGAUGAUGAUGAUGAUGAUGACGACUUUAAACAUGUAGGCCAAAAUAUGAAUUUACAUUAGUCAUAUAUAAAAUUAAUUGCAUUUGUAGAUUUGUUAGUCACUUUGAUAUUUCAUUCUGGUCUUGGUACUUGUUGCUUGAAACACG